AUGCAAGAAUUACAAAGAAAACAAAAAGACCUUGAAGUAUUUAUGUAUGAACCAAUGGAUCUUGAAGCUCCAAUUUUAACUGGAAGACAAGCUCAUGUUAUAAUAAAAACAUUAAAACAAACAAAGUCUAUUUCAACUCAUUCAAUUCCAAUUCAUCUUAGAUAUCAUAAAGCUAGAAUUAAUGAUAUGUUUGAAAAAAAUGUUAUCUUCCCACCUCCAGAAGUUUUCUUUAUUUGUGAUAAUUGUACUGAUAGUAGAAGUAUUGAAUUAUUAAAAUAUCAUAAUAUUAAUGGUUAUUUUAAUACUCCCAUUUCUUGUGGAACGAGUGAUCCUUCUCAAUUUAUUUCACCAACUUGUAAUCCUCAAUUCUCUCAAUAUACAGUACCUGUAGGACAACUUGAUGCAUUUGAUUCAGUAAUGAAAAUCACACUUGGAACUACUUUAAUUGGUGCAAUUAUAAUCAUUGCAUUCGUUAUCAUUUUUUAA